AUGAGUGAAGAAAGCUGUGAAGAGAGACAAAAUAACGAAAUGGUCGCAUUACAGGCAAUAUAUGGAGAUGCAGUGGUUGACAUUCGUAAAAAAGCUGUUUGGAGUGAGUGGCGUCCUUUGGACAUACUAUUAACAUUAUUGCCCCUGCAAAACUCAGAAGGAGUUCACUGUUCAGUCACUCUUCAGUUGAAAUGUUGUCAUAAUUAUCCAGAUAGACCACCCACAAUUGCAAUUAAUAAAAUGUUUGGUCUAUCUGAUGAAAAUGCAGCAAAACUUAUCUCAGAUCUAAAGAAAAUAGCUGUUGAUUUAUGCGGGGAAGUCAUGAUUUUUCAACUAGCACAACAUACACAGCAAUUUUUGCAUGAUCACAACAAACCUACACUUUCAUUUUAUGAUGAAAUGUUGAAACAGAAGACUGAGAUGGAGAAAUUGAAACAACAAGACAUAGAAUUAAAGGAGAAUGAAGAGCGGAAAAAAAUGAAGGAUGAAAUACAAAGACGACAGGAAACAUUAAAGAAUUCUGCUAGAAGAGUACACAGGUCUAGUCUCAGCCAAGAACAGCCAGUUACAGAAGGGCAGGGUGAUGCUCCUAAACUCUUAUAUUACGCAGACGAAAAAAUGUCGCCCGCUAAGAAAGUGAUACGCGGUACGAACGUACCAUGUACGUGCAACUCUCGUGGUGCGUACGUCCUGAGGUAUACGCAACGCAAUAACAAGAAGGUUUAUAUUGGCAAUUGUUUGGGUCACUCGUCAAACGGCUCCACAACGUACCUCGCAAUCGACGACGACGGACAGCAAGUGAUCGCCAAAAAAUGGUGUCUUUCCCCUGCCUCGGAUUUCCAGACUCGGAACAGACAACUAAACUCAGUCCAGCAAGAUCUAAAAGCCAUGUGCAGAUUGAAACACCGCUCCCUCAUCCCGUACGUUGCUAUGGAAACGGAAUCUAAAAAGUCUGCUCGUCAAUUCGUCUACAUCUUCCGAGAUUUCGUUUUGGGCAGCUCGCUCAAAUACCUCAAGAAUAAAAGUUCCUUCGGUGAUAUGUUUGAAGUGUUGAAACUAGUGAGACAUGUUGCGUUGGGGGUGUUCAGUGCGUUAAAUGAGUUGCAUAGUGUUAAUGUGUUGCAUAGAGAUGUGAGGUGCGAAAAUGUCUUCUUGGAAGACAGUGGGACGGUCAAGUUGGUUGGGGCAAGUUUGGAUAUUCGAUUGAUGGAGGUGUAUGAGGGGGAGAGUUAUUGUGACCGACAAACAAAAGCUCAGGACAUCUACGCCGCAGCGCAAUUAUUGCUGUCAAUAGUAUGUCCCGAGGCAAUUCAUGAAAUACCGUCCGAUUUCCCUGGUUCAGCCAAAGACUUCUUCUCGAGAUGUUUGACAGAGGACGAGCAUUCACAAUGGCCGGCUGAGAAAUUGGUACAGCAUGGGUUUUUGGUUGACGCACCAGUGAAGUUACCUAAUAGUAAGGAUAAUAACCGAGAAAAUGAGUCUGAGGACGAAGGUGGCAAUACAAAAAUAAACAGUAUUAACACACAAGUGAACGGACAUUCGCGAUUGAACGCCGAGUUUGAAGUUCUCACGUGGCUCGGUAAGGGUGCUUUUGGGGAUGUAUUGAAGGUCAAAAACAAACUAGACGGCGGCUUCUACGCAAUAAAACACGUCAAACUGAAUCCCAAAAGUGUUGAAUUGAAUAAAAAAAUAACCCGCGAAGUGAAGUUAUUGUCGCGGCUAAAUCAUGAAAAUGUCGUCAGAUAUUAUAAUGCCUGGAUUGAGACUAUUAUUGACACGGAGAUAGAAGACACGAGCGUUGAAACUACUCCGGUUAAAAGAAAAGGGGAUAGUUUGCUUGAUGUUGUAGCUAAACUUGGACAGGUCAAAGUAAAUUGGUCGAUGUCAGAUGGUCCAGUGCAGACUCGAGACAGCGAAUCAUCGAGUGAAGAAGAUUCUGAUGAUGACGAUGAUGAACCGGAUCUCUGGUUUAAUAUCAUGAACCACGACGAAGACUCGAGCAGUGUCAUAGAGUUUGAAGUGGAUUCUCAAAACAAGUCGUUAACAGCGCCCUCUGAAGACACGACGAUAUCAGUUGAGCCACGCCUUCAACAGGUGCUGUACAUACAAAUGGAGUUCUGCGAGAAAAACACUCUACGACAGGCUAUAGACAAUUCGUUACAUAGAGAACAUUUUCGCGCUUGGAGGCUGUUUCGAGAAAUUUUAGAAGGUUUGGCUCACGUUCACCAAAAAGGCAUGAUACACAGGGACUUGAAGCCGGUCAACAUAUUCUUGGACUCCAACGAUCACGUCAAAAUUGGAGACUUCGGUCUCGCUACUAAGGUCUUCACUGGAUUACCUGUUAAUGAAAAUUCAUGUGUCGAAUCCUCAACGACAGUUGAAUUAGACAUAGCAAGUAUUGAGCCAGAAGCAUCUACUUCUCAGCAUUCUAAUUCAACAACCGAUUUUUUACCUGAUCCUAUAACAGUACCCAGCCCAUCUAUUUUACCUGAGUCAGUCGAAACGGUUUCUCCAAAUGUACAAGAUCAUAUUGAGCACCUGGAAAAUAUUGAUUUACUUUCUGAUAGUAAUACUGAGGUUGAUACUGGUGUAGGAACAACACUGUACGUGGCACCCGAGCUACAACAGUCCGCAACCAAAGUUAUAUACAAUCAGAAAGUAGAUAUUUACUCCCUCGGAAUUAUUCUAUUCGAAAUGUUCCACGCACCAUUUGAAACUGGCACCGAAAGGUUCACAGUAUUAACCAAUUUGAGGAAAACUGAUGUUAUGCUGCCCCCGGACUUUGUUAAAGAGGAGAAUGCUAAGCAGAUUCAUGUUAUAAGAUGGCUGUUAGACCACGAUGCGGGUUUAAGACCGACUAGCGCAGAGUUAUUGGCCAGCGAACACGUUCCUAGAGCAGUUCCCGAAGGAGCUCUGUCCGGACUUUUGUCCCAUACCCUGUCAGAUAGGGGUUCGAGGGGAUACCAAAGACUUGUCACAGCCUGUUUGGAGCAAAAGCCGUCGCCGGCUGAAGACUUUACAUACCACAGUGCGAUGAAAACGAAACCUAUGGAAGUUAUCGGUGCUAUUAAAGAUGUUAUUACUAAGGUGUUCAGAAGUCACGGAGCGAUAGAAUUUUCACCCCCGCUCCUGAUCCCGCGAGCUAAAAGAUGGGACCAAUGUCCCAAUUCGGUGAAAGUUAUGACUCUGUCUGGUUCUGUUUGUCAUCUGCCGCACGAUUUGAGACUGCCUUUUGCCAGGUAUAUAGCAUAUUCGGGAUCGAAGUACAUGCGCCGGUAUGUAGUGGACCGCGUUUAUAGAGAAACUGAGAGGACUGUGAAGGGAUUCCAUCCGAGAGAAAUUAUAGAAUGCGCGUUUGAUAUGGUCACACCGAGUAAUGACACGCUGUGGCCUGACGCAGAACUUUUAGUUGUGGCGUGUCGAGCGGCUACCGGUUCCUCCCUUAAGGUCACCCUACAAUUGAACCAUACAGAGUUGUUAAAAACAUUAUUGUUAUCCUGUGGUGUGCCGUUGGACAAGCACGCUUUGCUUUAUCCUGUGCUCGUUGAUGUCAGUUUGGGUCGCAUAACAAACCUCCAACUCCAGACCCAUUUAGCCACGCUCUGUGUGACAAAUCGGGACAUCACCAACCUCUUACGUCUCAUGGAGGCUGAUGUAGAUGUCAAGCAAGUGAGUGAGCUGGUGGCCCAAGUGAGGAGAGAUCGGAGUGAGACUUUGGAGAGGGCUGUGAGAGAGUUGGAGACUGUUUGCAGUUAUGCUGCUGUUUUGGGGUGUGAGUGUCCAAUAACAGUAGCUCCUUUCCUCGCGUACAAUGCGACGCAGCACCGCGGCGUCUUUUGGCAGAUGUCAGUAUUGAGACAACCAAAGGUGGCCAAACAUCGCUCUAAAGAUCUUAUAGCUGCCGGCGGACGAUAUGACAACUUGGUAGAGGAGUUUCGGAAGAUCGCCCGAGCAGAAAAGGACCACGAUGGUGCCCAACUGAAUUGCAGUUCAGUCGGAUUUUCGAUGGCGUUAGAAAGGAUGGCGGCCAUUUUGAAAUGUUUAGAGGUAGAAGUGCCUCCCGUUGUGAAAACGCCAGAGCACGAACUAAUAUGCGUAUGCGUAACGGGCGCGUACGAGAACGUAACAACAAGUCGGGGUCAGCUCGCACGUGAGUUGUGGGCGCAAGGCUACAGGGCGGUCGUAUGGCCCUGCAGUGCGAGGGAGUCGCACGAUCUCACGAAAGCCUCUAUAGUACUGGUGCAGGACGGGAAUUAUGUCUUUGUGUCGUAUUGGGAAGGGACUAGAGUACGUGAAUAUAAAGUGCAAUUUACGGAUGUCAUAGAUUUCGUGAAACAAAAACUUAGCCCCGAAACAGCCAUACGGAAUCCUGAGUAUGGUAGUCGGUCGGUAAGUUGGAGUGAGAGUGACAGAACGAGCGGUCCCUGUAUUUCUGUCACAUUCGUGAAAGCCUCCGAGAAAAUCACCAAAAAUUGUAAACGACAUUGUGAAGUGCAGAUAAACAACCAAGUAACCACCAUCCUCCAGCACCUGGGGGUACAGAGCGCGGGUCGCGUGCGCGUGAGUGUUCUAGCGCUCAGUUGUGAGUCCGCGUGCGUUCGCUUGCUUUGCGCGCACCUGUCCGCGCCCUUGCACGUGCAUUACUUGCCGCAUGCGUUUCGACCUGUCACUGAUAGAUUUCCGAAGAGACAAGAUAUCCUCGAAGAGGCCUUACACGAGUUGACGAAUCUAGUUAAACAAGGAAACCAGGGCCGGGCGAUGGACGAAAUACAACUUUACGCACUAUAUUCCAUCCCGGAUUCACUAUGCAGGAUAAUUACUUGA